AUGGAUGAAAGCACACCGGAUGAUCCUUCUAGAAGUGUAAUACAAGCUACAACAAGAGCUCGCGAAUCCGAUAGCACAAGAACUCAGAACCAUUUCGUCAUUGCAAAAUGCCGCAGGAAUAGAGAUGCUGCAGUAACAUCGAACUCAAAUGAAAACCAGGAAACUAGCGAGGAUUUUGAUGUAGAAGAGAAAAUUCUGGCAGUGAGUUCACGUUCCGGCAAAUUAGGUGCUGCUGUUUAUACUCUACAAACGGGGGAGCUAUUUCUCCUAGACGAAAUCGUAGACCGUCCUCCUGAAUUCCAAAUGUUCCUCACUCUGUUCCGGCAAGUAUCUCCAGCGAAGAUACUUCUGGAAGGCAAGCAAGGUACCUUCGCAAGUGUUACAAGGAAGACAGUAUUUGAAACCGGCAACGAUACCGAGGGACGAUGCAGGCUCAUCUUUUUGUCUUCCAAGGAAUACAGUUUCGAAGCGUGCAAACGUCGCAUAUACUCCCUCUCUCUCCCACACGAGCCUCACCAUUGCACGGAAGAAGAACGAAUAGUUUUUCUCCGAACCGUCAUAGACUUCAACCAGACUCAAACAGUACACGCUCUUGGAAUGUUGCUCAAAUACCUUGAUCUGAAUUGGACUAACUUGAAUAUGGAAAUGCAGAGCAAACCACAGUUUUUGAGCUUAAGGAAGAUUUCCUUGGUCGAUAUAGUGACAAUAGACGAAGACACAUACCGCGGUCUACAGAUCUUUAGCUCGGUGUCGCAUCCCAGUGGCUUUAAGAAGGGUGUUCAGGGCAGCAAUAAGGAGGGACUCAGUCUUUUCCACAUUUAUAGCAAAUGCUCGUCGAAGGUUGGACAGAGACGAAUGCGAGUGCUAAUGCAGCACCCAACGAGAGACAUGACAACACUGCAGCAACGUCAAGACGUUGUGGCGUUCUUCAUGAGGCCACAGAACGACUCAAUCUUAAGGAAUAUUUGUUCUUCGCUACGUUUCAUUAAGAAUGUCAACACUUUGUACAACGCAGUGUUGAUCUGCGAGAUGUGUGAGGUAGCGAAGAACAUCGAGUUCUUGGGACAACUUGCAUCUUGCGACAACAACAAACUGUACGAGAUGGCGUUGUACAUGAAUAGGAUCAUUGAUUUCGAUCAAUCCAAAACUGAGAACAAAUUCACGGUCAAAGCCGGAGUCGACCCAGAGCUUGAUAUGAAAAAACAAACAAUGGCAAGCCUGCAUGGCCUGAUGUCUGAAACUGCCAAGAUAGAACUACAAAGACUGCCAACUUUCAUAGAGGAAUGUACCAUGCUGUACAUGCCACAUCUAGGUUAUUUGCUUGGAGUAAAAGCCUGGGCCCAGGAUCUGACAAUGGAGCAGAAAGAGCUGCCUGAUAUGAAGUUCAUGUUUCAAAACAACGAUUAUAUUCAUUACAAAAGUAAAGGAUGCGAGGAACUGGACGUAAUGAUAGGCGACACGUACCCUGAGAUAGUGGCACACGAAACCAGGAUAAUGAUGCGAUUAACAACUUUGAUCUUGGAUAAUUUGCACACACUGUCUUCUAUAAUCGACAAAUGCGCUGAACUCGAUUGCCUAAUAGCAAUUUCAAAGGUAUCAAAGGAGUUUAACUUUGUCCGCCCCACGCUAACCACAGACAAAAUAAUCGACAUAAAGCAGGGCAAGCAUCCCUUGCACAUAAUAACGUGCGAUAGUUUCGUGCCGAACGAUGUAACGUCUAGUCUGGAGACAGGGUUAGUCAAGAUAUUGACCGGGCCCAAUUCUAGUGGAAAGUCCGUGUAUAUGAAGCAGAUUGGUCUGAUAGUGUACCUGGCUCACAUAGGCAGCUUCGUGCCUGCAGAGCGCGCUACCGUUGGCAUUAUAAGCCAUAUGUACACUCGCAUACAGUCCACUGAAUGCGUUGCCACGCACAUGUCCGCGUUUCUUAUUGACUUGAGACAGAUGGCUCUAGCCCUCCAAGAGUCGACUUCAAAAUCCCUUAUAAUAAUAGACGAAUUCGGCAAAGGCACGUCCGAAGUAGACGGCCUAUCCUUGCUCGCAGCUUGUCUCAACACACUCAUAUUCCAGGGAGAAAACUGCCCUCAUGUAUUACUGUCAACACAUUUUUUAAAUAUACAGGAGUUUAUUGUUGACAACCCUAUUGUCCGAUUUAUGCGAUUCGAGCAUGUAAUGGAAGACGGCGAACCGGUGUUCCUAUUCCGUGUGACGGAGGGUAGCGCUGACGGGAGCUUCGCACACCAGGUGGCGGCCGCCAGUGGCAUUCACAACGGUGUUGUUCAACGAGCUAAUGAGGUUUUGAAGGCAUUGAAGAACAACACACUCCCGCCGGCGAACGAGAAGAUAACAACAAAAUUGAAGACAUUCACCGAAAUAAUAACAGCCGAACUUCUCACGGAAGAUAUUUAA